GGCAAAGGCGGCUCCUGCCAUGUUGGCCGGGACCGGGUCGGCGCGGAGGCCGGGGGCGGGGCGGCGCGGGCCCUGAUUGCUGAGCCCCGGCGGCCACGGCUCGGCGGAGGGGACUGCGUGUUGCUCGGGGCUGCUGCGGCGGGCGCGGAUCUCGUGGGAGAACACCGUGAAAUAAGAACCAAGGUCUACAAUGACAACCUACUUAGAAUUCAUCCAACAAAAUGAAGAACGAGAUGGGGUCCGAUUUAGUUGGAAUGUUUGGCCAUCGAGUCGGUUGGAAGCUACAAGAAUGGUUGUUCCAGUGGCAUCCCUGUUCACGCCCUUGAAGGAGAGACCCGAUUUACCGCCUAUUCAAUAUGAACCUGUUCUGUGCAGUAGGACCACUUGUCGCGCAGUUUUGAAUCCAUUAUGUCAAGUGGAUUACCGAGCAAAACUGUGGGCUUGCAACUUUUGUUAUCAAAGGAAUCAGUUUCCACCGACUUACGCUGGCAUAUCUGAACUGAAUCAACCUGCUGAACUUCUACCUCAGUUUUCUAGCAUCGAAUAUGUAGUUCUGCGUGGUCCUCAGAUGCCUCUGAUAUUCCUCUAUGUGGUUGACACUUGCAUGGAAGAUGAAGAUUUACAAGCUCUGAAAGAAUCCAUGCAGAUGUCAUUAAGUCUUUUACCACCUACGGCUUUGGUUGGACUUAUUACUUUUGGGAGAAUGGUACAGGUUCAUGAACUUGGAUGUGAGGGCAUUUCGAAAAGCUAUGUCUUCAGAGGAACCAAAGACCUGUCUGCCAAGCAACUGCAGGAAAUGCUGGGGCUCUCAAAAGUACCUGCCCAGGCACCACGUGGUCCGCAGGUCCAGCAGCCACCUCCUUCCAACAGAUUUUUGCAACCAGUACAGAAAAUAGACAUGAAUCUCACAGAUCUUCUGGGAGAACUGCAGCGAGACCCCUGGCCUGUACCACAGGGGAAAAGACCUUUGCGUUCCUCUGGGGUGGCGCUCUCCAUAGCUGUAGGACUCCUUGAGUGUACUUUUCCUAACACUGGUGCUCGUAUCAUGAUGUUCAUUGGUGGUCCAGCUACUCAGGGACCUGGAAUGGUGGUUGGAGAUGAAUUGAAGACACCUAUAAGAUCGUGGCACGACAUUGAAAAAGACAAUGCCAAAUAUGUUAAAAAAGGAACUAAGCACUUUGAAGCUCUAGCUAAUCGAGCCGCUACAACUGGUCAUGUUAUUGACAUCUAUGCGUGUGCAUUAGAUCAGACAGGUCUCCUGGAGAUGAAAUGCUGUCCCAACCUUACUGGAGGAUACAUGGUAAUGGGCGACUCUUUUAAUACUUCCUUAUUCAAGCAGACUUUUCAGAGAGUCUUUACCAAAGAUAUGCAUGGCCAGUUUAAAAUGGGCUUUGGUGGCACUUUAGAAAUAAAGACUUCAAGAGAAAUAAAGAUUUCAGGAGCUAUUGGACCCUGUGUGUCCCUAAAUUCUAAAGGACCCUGCGUGUCUGAAAAUGAGAUAGGGACAGGGGGCACCUGCCAGUGGAAGAUAUGUGGACUCAGCCCCACGACAACCAUAGCCAUAUAUUUUGAAGUUGUCAAUCAGCAUAAUGCCCCAAUUCCUCAAGGGGGGCGCGGCGCAAUCCAGUUUGUGACCCAGUAUCAACAUUCAAGUGGACAGAGACGCAUCCGAGUGACCACCAUUGCCAGGAACUGGGCAGAUGCUCAAACGCAAAUCCAAAACAUUGCUGCAUCUUUUGACCAGGAGGCAGCUGCUAUUCUCAUGGCACGGCUGGCGAUAUACAGAGCAGAGACAGAGGAAGGACCAGACGUGCUUAGGUGGCUAGACAGACAGCUCAUCCGCCUGUGUCAGAAAUUUGGAGAGUAUCAUAAAGACGAUCCCAGUUCCUUCAGAUUUUCAGAAACAUUCUCCCUUUAUCCACAGUUUAUGUUUCACUUAAGAAGAUCUCCCUUCUUGCAAGUUUUUAACAACAGUCCAGAUGAGAGUUCAUAUUAUCGUCACCAUUUUAUGCGUCAAGACCUGACCCAGUCUCUAAUCAUGAUCCAGCCUAUUCUGUAUGCAUAUUCUUUUAGUGGGCCGCCAGAGCCGGUCCUUCUUGACAGCAGCAGCAUUCUUGCAGACCGGAUUCUUCUCAUGGACACGUUCUUCCAGAUCUUGAUCUAUCACGGAGAGACCAUAGCGCAGUGGCGCAAGUCAGGAUACCAAGACAUGCCCGAGUAUGAGAACUUCCGCCACCUCCUGCAGGCCCCAGUGGAUGACGCGCAGGAGAUCCUUCACUCCAGAUUCCCGAUGCCAAGAUACAUUGACACUGAGCACGGGGGCAGCCAGGCUCGCUUCCUGCUUUCCAAAGUCAACCCUUCACAGACUCAUAAUAAUAUGUAUGCCUGGGGACAGGAGUCUGGAGCCCCUAUCCUCACUGAUGACGUUAGUUUACAAGUGUUUAUGGAUCACUUGAAGAAACUUGCAGUGUCCAGCGCUGCUUAAAGUGCUAAACUUCAAUAUCAAGGACUUUCACGAAGAUGAAAUAAUGUUUCACUUUCAUUUUUUUCCCCUUUUCAGUUUAUUUGUGAAAACCAACAGAGAUAUAACUCUUUGGACUUUUUUUUUUUUGUUAUUGUUAUUACUAUGGUUUGAGAUAACAUAUAGGAAAAAGUUCACUUUUAUAGAUUAAACUGGAAUCUAAGAGCAAUAAGAACAAAUCUUUUUUUUUUUUUUGCUUGCCACAGUAUUAUAACUUGUUUUAGAAAUCUGAGGUCUUUAUAACUUUAUUAUGUUAAGGAGUGACAAUAGUCUGCCUUGCACUACAGAGACAUAUCUCAUUGUAUAUUACAGACAAAUUCAAAGUGGCACUGCCUUGUCCUUGUUGACUUUCUGAAAACUCCUUUCUUAAUUUUAUUCAGAAAGUGAACUCAUCUACAGUAAUGAUAGAUGUGAACAUUUUUUUGCCUACUCACUGAAUAUUUUUCUGUGAUUUUCAACAUUUAUGCAUCUACUUUUUCUGUACUUAAUCUGUUUAGGUAGAUUUAUUUUAUGAUGAUUUGUUUAGGGAUUAUUUUACUUUAUAUACAGUAAUUUUCAUAAAGAUAAUGCUUUUGGUUAUUAGGAAAAAUAGUUUAAAGAUAAAAAAGACUUUUGGGAACAAUCCUACAACUGAUAAUAAAUGUGAAAUUCUCACAAAGUACCCAACUUAAUGUGAUUAAAUGUGAUACUUUUUUUUAAAAGUGAGAUGGAAAGCAAACCAUUUACUUCAGAGUGUAUUUUAGAAAAGUCUUGCAGUCAAAUGACAGUUAAAUUUUCAGCUCAUGGUUUUAUUAUUUCCCCUUGUUUUUCUGAGGUUAACUUUACAUUCUAGCCUUCAGUAUUUUAGCUCUACUUUGGGAGUUUUAAAUUUUGUGUGAUUUUAUUAAGUUGUGGUUCUUAUUAAAACAGUAUUAUAUACAAUUUUGUUGAAUCACAUCAUGUGGUGAUGAUGCAGUUUUAUUUUGAUUUAUUUGUUAGUAUUAUCCACUUCUAUAAGUUUACUUGUGGCAUAUGUUUACAUUGCUAGGACCGGAUGUGUGGCAAUGAAAUUUGCAUCAAGUACUGCAAAUCAAAGGUGGUGCUGUGUAUUGACACUUGCUUAUUGGAAGGACAGUUUUAAUGGUUGCACUUGCAUGAACACAAUCAUAUGACGGUAAAAUAGAAAAUCUAAAAAAUUAUUCUGUUCAAUUAGAUUCUAUAAAUUGCUGUUUUAUUUGAAUCAAACUGUAUGCUAGGCCUACAUACUAAUAAAAUAUACUUUUUUCUCUG